ACGAUACAAGCAUGUGGCAGAUAACAAUCAUGUAAUAUGGAGGCUGGAAGGCGUGUAUGACUUUUGGAAACGAGCAAUGUGGCUGGGUGUAUUUGUAAGACAUUGCGUUUGUUUUUAUGUUGUUAUGGUAUAAAAUAAGUUGUAAAAGUGUUCUCCAUGCUUAGAUCAUGUCCUCUGGAGGGUUUAGCAAAUAAAUCUCUUUUUUAGAGUAGUGCUAAGGGAAAGUCAAAGUGUAGUGAGAGCAAAGUGUAGAAGCACAGUUUUUGUGUAUAUAAUCUUAAUGUCUUUAUGAAUUGUGCCUUAUAAGACCAGAAUCACACUUAAGGAAGUGUUUUGCAUUGAAAAGGAUGCGAUGCUUAAACCUGGAGGAAGUUUCCAGAAGACGUGAAAUCUGGCAUUAAUUUUUUUUUUUCCUUGAUCGAAAUUAUUAGCACAGUUGUUUCUUGAUUAUUGAUUGAAACCGACUGGUUUGGGCUAAAAGAUCAAUGCACGUUGGGCAGGGUCAUGUACUGAGUUAGUUUGAGAUUUAGCUGUGUAGAGAUUCGCUUUAGUCAUCUGGGUUUUCCAGCCAAAAUGCUGCUGUCUCUAGUCGUGCACACAUACUCGUUGCGGUACUGGCUUCCAGCGGCCGUGAUGUUGGGCACCGCUCCGGCUUACCUGCUGUCCUGGAGUGUCUGGCGUCUGCUGUCCACUGUGCUACCGACAAGACUCUAUCACACUGUGGAUGACCGUGUAUAUUCAUUGUAUCAAAGUAUGGUCCUGUUCUUCUUUGAAAAUUACACGGGCGUGGAGGUCAUCAUUUAUGGGGAUAUACCAAAGAAGGAGAAUGUGGUUUACCUGUCAAACCAUCAAUCCACAGCUGAUUGGAUUAUUGCUGACAUGUUAGCCAUUCGACAAAAUGCACUUGGACACGUAAGAUAUGUCCUGAAAGAUGGUCUGAAGUGGCUUCCUUUGUAUGGAUGGUAUUUCUCACAGCAUGGAGGUGUGUAUGUGAAGAGAAGUGCCAAUUUUGAUGAGAAAGCCAUGAAAAAGAAACUAUCAUCUCAGACCAAACUGGGCACACCUAUGUAUCUUGUCAUUUUCCCAGAAGGAACCCGGUACAACCCUGAGCUCAAGAAAGUUAUUGAUGACAGUCAAGCUUUUGCUGCUAAAGAAGGACUUACUGUGCUGAAGCACAUUUUAACACCAAGAAUGAAAGCAUCACAUGUUGCCAUUGAGACUAUGAAGGAACACCUGGAUGCAGUCUAUGACAUAACGGUAGCAUAUGAGGGAACUCUCACAGCAGACGGCCAGAGACAUCCAGCUCCUACAAUGCCAGAAAAUGCAGUGAAGGAUGACUCUCGCAUUUCCAGAGCCUCAGGUUUGUGCAAAAAGUUGGUUGGGCAUUUUUCUCAUAGUUGGAAGAAGAAGGUGGCAUUAACUGAAGCCCAGGAAGAACUUCAGCUUCCAAAGCAUGCACUCAUAACAGAGUGUCCAACAAGGUGGGGCUCAAGGCAACGAAUGAUAGAACGAGUUUUGGAACAACAGAAGGCUCUGUCUCAUAUCCUUUUAGCUGAUCGCAAAACAAGACACCUGGUUCCACAAUGGCAGGACACAGAUGUCCUUGAAUCUGUGAGCAAGGCUCUGAGACCCCUGCAGGAGUUUACAGAUGCCCUGUCUGGCGAGGACUAUGUCAGCGUGUCAUAUCUGAAGCCAGUUCUUCAUCUGUUCAGCACAAAGAUACUGGCUGUGAAUGAUGAGGAUUCUGAUCUGACCAACACAAUAAAAUCCAAAAUUGUUGAGUACCUUAAUAAAAAUUAUGAUGAUGAAGAUACCCAAGAACUGCUGGAUAUGGCGUCAUUCCUAGAUCCAAGAUUCAAGACAAAUUACAUUGCUGUAGACAAACUUCCAAACAUCAGGGCCAAGGUGAUGUCUGAUAUGAAAGAAGUAUCACAGAAGGAUGCAGUGAAUUCUGAGACCACCACAGGGAGAGAGAAUGUAGACACAGACCUACCUUCAUCAGCAAAAAAAACAAAGAAGUCUCUGGGAAGCUUUUUUAAGACUGUCUCAGCCAUGCCAGCAUCUCUGCAGCUUGAAGAAGCCAUUGCCUCUGAGAUGAACAGCUACCUGCUUACUCCCUCUAUCGACAGUGCGGAAGAUCCUCUUCAGUGGUGGAAACUACAUCAAAUUAACUUCCCAAGAUUGAGCAAGCUUGCUCAAAAAUAUCUGUGCAUUCCAGCUACAAGCUCACCAUCUGAGAGGGUGUUUAGCACUGGAGGGAAUGUGGUGACAUGCCAACGUUCAUGCUUGAAACCAGAAAUGGUGGACAUGCUUGCUUGUUUUCUUAGCAGAAAACCUUUAAACAUUUAAAGCAGCUAGAUUCUGCCACUGUUCUAAUUUGUAGUUAUUUUGGAGACUUUAGUCUGGGUUGUUUUGUUGUUGUUUUGAUUACCCACGUUAAUAUAUAUAUA